AUGUCAACGGAACCCGAGCAAGAAUCAAGUGUAGAACCGGAAGAUCGGGAGAAGCCAGCCAACUACACCAGAGCGGCGAGCGUCGAGCCCGAGGGGGGCGAGGGGUAUGUUGGUCCAGAGACAAGCGUUGAACCUGGCGAAGAUGAAGACUCCGAGCCGGAUGAGGAGGCUGAACGUAAUGUCCGGAGAAACUACGAGAGGGCAGCAAGUGUCGAGCCUGAAGAGCAUAACACUCCAGCGCGCUAUCGACGGGCGACAACUCUGGAACCUAGUUCUCUCCGCCUCACAACAAUGCACGACAAUCUGGACUUACCCGAGCCCCUCCGACCUGCACCUCCUCGACCGAAAUACCGCGUGAAGGACUUCAUCAACGUGCGAGAUACACGUAAGAUUCCACCGUCGAUCUACCAAGCAGUAUUGAAGGCGCGUGAGGAAGAAGCACGUGAAGGAGGGUCGCAAAGUGUAUGGCUCCAGCGGGUGGCCCUGCAUUCGGCUGGGCUUCCGACGCUCUUGGAAGGUCUGCGGCAGCGAGGAAUCUCAGUUGUUGGGCGAACGACUCGAGUCGGAGCACUUGACGAGCGUAUGCACGAUGCAACAAUGCUCGACGCGCCCACCAUGUACAAGAUGACCAAGAGGGGCUUUGUCGACGAAGCGUUGCUGCUGACAAUUGAAUAUGUCGUGAACGAGAGCCCGAACAUCCGAGAUCGCGCUACGUUGCGUCAUAUGGUCCUAGAACGCUUCUUAGUGGAUAUGGGUGCGAGCAUAGCUGGUCGCAGUCGAACUGGCCUACAUUUCACAUAUUUGAGCCCCGCUCUUAUGGGCAAUACUGAGCUGAUGGUCGAACAGGCUUUAAGACUAGUCAAGUUGUUCGGAGAAAAACACGACAUCGCCGCUGAUCGUCUGGUAAUCUCGAUUCCAGCUACUACAAGCGGCAUGUACGCUGCGAAGUGUCUCCGACACGAUCAUGGAAUCCGCACUAAUCUGACUCUUGUAUCGAGUGUGAUGCAUGCCGCAGUGUGUUUGGAAACCGGGACAAACAUCAUCAGUAUCGACCACGAAAAGUGGUUUCACGGGCUGAAAUCUUGGGCGGCCAGGACUGAGUCUACAGCUGGAAAUGCGACGCGUGACAGCAUCUGGAGAGACGUCUGGGCUGUCGGGGCAGCGCCUAGAGAGAUCAGAGCAAUAUGUACAUUGCUCAAGCAGCAUAGCCCAUCGACCCAGCUGCUAGUCUCCAAUAUGCGUCAGAUCGACGACUUGGCAUUCCUACCGGAUAUCCACGGAGUCGUCUUGAAAACCACCGAAUUAGAGGGAGCGAAACUGUUGCGGCUGCCAUUCCAUGCGAAUCCUGACCCGGAGGCCGUCGCCAAGGCACAAGAGAUACGGUUUCCGACCUCCUACCUGUCGGACGAGGAAGCCUCCUUGACAAGCCUGCCUCAAUCAGAGAAGGACCACCACGUGUCGCGGUUCAUCGUCAGCAACGAAGCCCAACAAUUGUUAGCGUAUCAGCGACAGUUGGAAGAGAAGGUUGAAGAAGUACUGGCGUACCGCCUCUGGAUUCGGGAUUUAGACCCGCUCGAGCUAGAACGAAUGUAUCAAGAAGAUAUCUACGCCGAAGACGCACGCCAAUUGGAGGAAGAAUACCUCAACUUGAUCAAUUCGCCGAAGAAAGUCGAGGGGCCCAGUCCGCGGACGAAUCACGUCGGGUAUCGUAUGGCGAAGACCACCUGGGACGUGGCUUUCAAAGCUAGAUCUGUGGACGAAGAUGCCCGCGUCAGAGAACGCUCGGAAAGGUUGCAGCAUGUCUCCAUGCAUACGGGAUUCCCCCAACGCACCUAGGCGAGCAGUUCUGCCCGUCGAACAGUCAUCCAAAGCUGGUUGGGAAGCCAUCUGCAGAUUUCGAUUUGUGGGAAGAAACAGGAUUCCUGCGAUCAUCGGCGGGGGUAUUGCAUCGUUGGCUGUACAUGCAAGUUAUUGUGUGAAGUGCUGUAGGCUAUCAAGUUUGGGUUCAAUCGUUAUGCAUGUUCCGUUUCGACCCUUCUCCGACAGCCUGCGAGGAUUAUGCGGUAUAUCAUCGAAGAAAGUCAGCUGUGCCGAUCGAGUGAGACGGAUGCUUCACGCGGGAGUUGUCGAACAGCGGUCC